AUAAAAUGGAAGCUACAGCUGAGAAAUCCACAGAGAAAGAGUCUAGAAAGUUACAACUUAAAGAGCCCACCCUUGUUCAUGAAGGAAAAUGGUUGAAUUACUAUAAUGUCCCAUUUACAUCCGAAAAUAAGGAAGGCUUAUGGGAAGUUGUAGGUAGAAUACCUCCAACUUCUGAAAAAAUUAAGUAUUCAGGCGUCAUAGUUAUACCAACAGCUGUUGAUCCGGAGACUAAUGAGAAGAUAGUUCUUAUUGAGAAAAUCUACAGAGUACCAAUCCAGAAAUACUCACUUGAGUUUCCAGCAGGUAUGAGAGAUAAGGACGAUGAUGACCCAUGAGCUACUGCUUUAAGGGAGCUUAAAGAAGAAACUGGAUACACUGGGCAAAAUCCUAAAGCAAAUUUAGAUGUCAAGACAGACCCUUGGAAAAGUAUGGGUACUCAUUGUCAUGUUGAAGUUGAAGUCGAUCUCACACUUGAAGAAAAUAAAAAUCCUAAGCAAGACCUUGAAUUCGAAGAAGAUAUCACAACCAUGUGGGUUAAAAUUGAUGGGUUAAAAGAGACUCUUGAGAAUCUGGCUCAAGAGAUGGAUUGUGAUCUCGAUCAAAGGCUAUAUUCUUGGGCUCUGGGAAUAGGUUUUGUCAAGAAUUUCGGAAUCUAA